GGUAUUUGGGUAAUUAGGUAUUGUAUAGAGUACAGAGAUGGGCAAUUGGGUAUUUUUGGCAGGGUUCACCACCGCGGCGGCGCCGGUCUCCGGUUCGCCAUGAUGUCCUCCUGCGGCAGCGACCCAACCGAGCUGCCGGCGGCGAAAUCGCCGAGGCUAACGGGCCCCACCACCAUCGACUCCCUCGGCGAGGACAUCCUGCUUGAGAUCUUCCUCCACCUACCCUCCCUAGCGACGCUCGUCCGCGCCGCCCUCACCUGCCGCUCGUGGCGCCGCGCGGUGUCCUCCUCCCCUGCUUUCCGCCGCCGCUUUCGCGAGCUCCACCGGGCGCCCCUCCUCGGUCUCGUCGCGGAGCCCCAGCGCGACGCCCUCCCGGCCUUCGCGCCCGCCCAGCCAGAGGACCGCGACGUGCUCGCGGCCAUACGCGGCGGCGACUUCGCCCUCACUGAGCUCCUGGAUCCCCAAGGCUACGCGGCCGACGUGCCCCUCCACUGGCACAUUCAAGACUGCCGCGACGGCUACGUCCUCCUCGCGAACUGGAAUGCCGGAUUACUCGCCGCCGUCAAUCCACUGGCCCGAUACAGCACAGAGUACAUUGAUAUGCCUGUCUCGUUCUCGUUCGAUAAAGAAAGAACAGAUGUACCUGUCGCGGCCGACUGGCAUUUGCUUUCCUCGGAUGAAGACCCCAUGUCGUUCCAACUUGUUUGGCUUCUUUAUUGCAAAUCCAAGGUCCAAGCUGUGGUCUUCUCGUCAGACACCGGGGAUUGGUUCUUUCACCCUUGGGUGGACAUCAAGGAGAGGGCACUCUCGAAUGAUGCCGACAGACAUUGGCUUCAGUCUGGGAUGCGAUCAAAUGACACGCUGUACUGGGCUUUCACGAACCUGGAGCACAUGCUGAAGCUGGACACAGCAACAAUGGAGUUCUCUGUUUCUGUGCUCCCACCAUACCUGAAGGGUCAGCAGGGUUGGCGCUUUGUUGUCGGUGAAACUAAGGACGGUGCACUUUGCAUUGUUUUCUGCAUGUUGUGGGGCAUUUUUGUGUUGAUGAACAGAACUGAUGAUGAUGGUGUGGAGAGGUGGGUCCUGUGUAGCGUGAACUCUGAGGCAGACGCAAACCCACCACCAGACAACAUCGAUACACUGCAAGCCAUCUCUAUUGUGGAUGGGUUUGUCUACUUGGUCACAUCAGAGAUGGUUCUGGCGCUGUGCUUAGAAGCAAUGAAGCUGGAGAAGCUGUUUCCGAGGAGUUUUCGUGCCUGUCAUUUCCAUCCCUACAUCAUGGCAUGGCCUGCUUCUUUAGUAGGAAAUUAUGGGAGUUUUGCUUUGAUUCAAGAUGGUGUGGACAACGUGUAACUAGGUCAGCAGUAAUGCAUUCUUUCAAAGUGGCGUGAACGAGACGCAUUUUGAUGUUUGUUUUUUACAGCUACGAGGCACUUGGCUGUGUGCGGUUGCAGAGGCUGGAAUUUUUCCAUUUCUAAUAAAAAAAGGCUACCAGGCACUAUCCUUCAUCUUUCAGUCACUAAUUUUUUUCUCAAAUUGUUUCAAGAGCGUUUAUAAGAAGUAUGUCUUCUCAUGUUUUUGGGAUUCUGUACCUGGCUAAACUUUCGGUCUGUUUCUAUUUUGAAGGUUACUUUUAAUGGUAGAAAUUCUUUCAGUCACUUUUUACUUGGCAAGGCUCGGAACAAAAUCAACUUAGUACCUUAUAUAUGCGUGAUGCAUAUGGGCUGUGUGCUUGUUAUAGUUUGUUCAAACUGGGAUGAUUUUAACACUAGUUCUACUCAAUUCACUUUUCUCAUUGAGACUC